UCGCUCUCUUUUUUAAUUUUGCAGUAUCACCCUCUGUCCCUUUGCAACACAAGCGAGGAUGAGCGACAAGAGAGCGACUUCAUCACCAUUGUCAAACUGGAGCACAGGGUUCCCCGAUGUCUGCCGCUGCUCGACAAGGCCCGCAUGGCGUUGGACAAAGGAGCUCAGGCAAUUAUCUUUGAUGUUAGUGAUGACGCGAAUGCUGCUGCUGAGCUUCGGGAAUCGGACUCCCUUCUGCGUCCAGUCGUGCUGGUGGAGGGGAAGAACGCCGAAGAGUUGAUGGGUCUGGUCAACAAGAACGAGGAGGCCAAAGUUAUCAUUGAGGUCAUGGCGGAGCAGCCCAAAUGGCCACAUUAUGACGUGGGUAUCCUGCUCACCAUUGUCCUCGCUAUUCUGACCAUCGUCCUCAUCUUUGCUUUCCGCUACAAGUGCAAGUCUAACAGGACUUGGGACUCUGUCCAUCAGCAGACCAUACAGGCCAUCAGUCGACUGGAGACCACAACAUACAGCUCUCAGGGCUGCUCGGGGUCCCAGCGCCACCGAGCAGCCUGGGGGUCGGCCAGCAGCUCCAACUCCAGCCCCGUCUGUGCCAUCUGCCUGGAGGACUUCCAGGACGGGCAGCAUUUGAGGAUCAUCUCCUGUGCGCAUGAGUUCCAUAAAGACUGUGUCGACCCCUGGCUGCUGCAGCACCGCACCUGUCCCCUCUGCAUGCACAACAUCAUGGGGACGGAGCGGCAUCCCCAGAGGACCAGACUCCAGCAGAGUUCAGAGCAAAGCCAGAGUUUCCUGCACCCUCAGCCUUACAGGAGCGCACGCAACCACCUUAUCCCCCAGCACGCCAUCCCGUUCGCUAUGAGGUCCCACUAUCCUCGCGGACCCUCGGGACCUUAUCCCUCGCUUGGCCACUACACGGGCCCGUCCGCCAUGGAACCCCAAACACUACAUUUCCUCGCCAGCAGGCCGCUCUCUGCUGGCUGCGGCUACCACCUUCCCGGAGAGGGUCCCGGGCGGCCCCACAGGAUUGGAGGGAACUGCCGGACCUCCACGCACCACUGCACCCCCCGUCGGUCCUGCCACAACUAUCGCUCAUCCUGUCCAGCCCAGCGCAGUGCUUCCAGCUCACGUCUGCACCACCCCACCUCCGUCCCGCCGCAGCACCGCGGGGCGCCAGCCCACAAUAGGCAGGACGACGGCAGCUGCUCGGGGGGCAGCUACCACACGGAACGCAGUGGGUACUUGGCCGAUGGGCCGGCAAGCGACUCCAGCUCGGGGCCCUGCCACGGCUCCUCCAGCGACUCUGUUCUGAACUGUACCGACGUGUCUCUGCAGGGGGUUUAUGGCAGCUGGUCCACCUUCCGCAGCUCUCUGAGCAGUGACUAUGACCCAUUUGUGUAUUACGGGCCGGGCUCUGGGCGCCCCCCCCGCAGGGGCAGCCUGGAGGCAGGCGCCCAGGCCCGGCCCAGGUCUCUGGAUUCUGUGGUGAACAAAGCUGGCUGCCCCGAAGAGCAGCCGCAGACUGUGUUCAGCCACAUCCACUACCACCGCCACAGACACCACCACUACGAGGAGGCGGAGCACAGCCAGGGCCCAAGCAGAGGCUCCGACGAGGAGCAGGGUGCCACCGCCGCUGUUGCUGCUGCACCGGCUCCCCUUGUCCUUGAAAGAGACAUGCCUGUUUGCCCUCCUAAGCACAUCACCUGCCAGUGCCCAAAGCCCGACCCUGCGGAUCGGCCCGGCGCUGGGACAGAGGGCCAGGACCUUGACCCCAGCAGCCCUACAGGACCUUCCGUACGUGUAUCCUCCAUCCCUUUACAGCUCCAGCCCCACUGCUGCCACCAGGGACACGGACACCCUACAGCUCCUCUCGGGCGAGUGGGUGGCUGUGUCCGCGAUGGCCCCUCGGUCCGCUUCCACCAGAGCCUCGAUCUGCAGGACGACCGGAGCAUCCACAUCCACUACGGUCAGGGCCCGGGCUUCUGCUGCUCGCCUCCUGAUCUGCACCCGGCUUUGCUCCCCGUGCCCCUCAUCCUAGACUCUGGAGGCAUAGAGGACUGGCCUUGCUAUGCAGGGGCCCAUGUUGUGUGGCAAAAACGUGUGCAACAGGCCCACUCAGAGCCUCAGCUGCUGGGGCCGGGGACCUCUAUGGACAGGCCACCCUGCAGGUUCCACCACGGCCCUGCUGCGGACACAGACAUUUGUUUGUACUGCCAAACAUUACACCACAAUCAGGGAUCAGAAGAGGAGUCUGGUGUGUGAGAACUCGUUGCAUCCCUGUUUCCAUGCUGCUACACAAGAGCCAGAAUGGACAAGCCUCUCAUUGGCUAUUGCUCUUGUGUCUUCCACUUAAUUCCACCAGCAAUGCCUUCGUUCAGACGAUUCCCCGGCUUCUUAAAAGCUCACAUGCUGAAAUGCUCUUUCAUCUGAGUUAGAUUGAAAUCCACGUGAUUUAAUAAUGCAAAAGAAAUGUACCCGACCCUUUAUAAUGUUGUAUACGAAACUAUAUAGAAUUUGAUGAAUGUUGGGAAGUUGCUGGGGAAACAACUCAAACACAGUUUUUCGAUUUGUCCUCAUCAGUUCUGAAAAGGCAUUAAUUACCAAAUUAUAUCACCAGUUCCCAUGGUCUUUAGUGACAAGCAACGAAUGAUCCUCGCUCAGGGUGAUGAGCCCUCUUGAAGUGAGACUCCAUCUCUGCAUUGCUCGUUCUAUUACAACAUCACUUGACUUUUUUUUUUAGAGGUACUUUCUUUCACUCGUGAUCUUUGUCUUCCUUCUCCUGCCUACCUCAGCUCAGAUUUCUUAACAUGCCUCACACAGGGGGGGUCUUUAAAGGUACUGCUGUAGUGAUGUUGUUUUGUUUGUUUUUGUUUUUUGGUCACAACCAUGUAGCUCCCCAUAAACUCAACAAGAAAGUAAAGUUCAUGGCAAUCCGAGCUGUCCAAAUGGAGAGAAAGGUUGAUGCUCAGCCCCUCGAAUGGGAAGCAUUUACUGAGGCGGCUGAGCCUUGCAUAGGCCCUGUUUUCAUUAUUUCAACCAUGGCAGCUGUUUUCAACACGUUUGUAUUAUGUGUUUGGAUCAUUUGGAUCUGUUUUUGCAGUCCGUGAUUAUUAUUUUUUAAGCUUUCAAAAGGAACCGGUUUGACUGAAUUUCGUUGCAUCAUUGCGGGCUAUUGUCUCGAUCUCCUCAUUUCUCUUGCCAAGGGCAAGGUCACAUGUUUGACCUCAGUGCUGUCCAACACCGCAAUCCAGGCAGAGUGAACAGGCCUCAUCAGACAUAUGAGCACUAGAUUGUCCGUUCCAUUAGUGCCUGAUUUAUCGCAAUGUUGAAUUAUCCUCAGAAAAGUGCCUAUGCUCUCCAGUUGUCUUCCGGAAACUAAAGCCCUAGAAGUAUUUUCUACAUUGCAGCCAUAGUAAGGAGAUAGGGACUUUUUAAUUAUACAACUCGAUUCAAGCCAGGCUGGUCUGCUUUUCCCAGGAUUUCAAACUUGCCUGACAAAUGUCGGGAAUAAUCAAACACUGGAAAAAUGGGGGAUAAUUCAUGUCAAAGUUACAGAAUUGGUAAAACAUUGUUUGUCGUGGUAAAUGUGCAUUGCUAAUCCCUGCUAGUGUGGCUUCGAAGGAAGAUCCAGCCAAAAUCAGACAGUAUUUUUUUUUUUAAUUUUCAUUUCAUCAGAUGAAUAAUUUUUCAAUGAUAAAAGACAGAAUCACGGUUUGAAUCUCUGUUACAUAUUUUCCCUCUUCUUCACAUGGAGCCACUCAGGCAGACAGGUGGACAGAAUAUGUGUUUAUACUCGAGGGGAAUUACUCUGAACACUUUGACUGUGUAAGUAGAGGUCAAAAAGGGCUUUCUUAACCAGACAGGCUCAGUGAACCGAGAUCAGACGUAUAGGAAUUCUGUUGUGGAGUGGACUUUCCAUUAAAGCCUCGGUCCCACUUCAGAUUCAGUUUAAUAGCAGAGAAAAAGCUCAUAGGUAUAGCAAUGCAACUAGUAGCACUUACUAAAGCCUCAUAUGUGCCUUAUUCAUACAGAAAUGCUCACAAUCCUGAAUUAGGAAUCUCCCAACACACUAAGCUCUUACCUGUCUGACCAAAGAGGCACAAUCUUGAACACAGUGAACAUAUUAAUUUAUAUAUUGUGCCUUGUCCUCCUUAAAUAUCAGCGUGAAAUGUGCUUUCGAUAACAAGAGAGAGGAUACAGGAAUUAAAAUGCAAACAAUCAAUAUUUUGCAUUUUUCACUGCAGUCCCGUUGUACUAAUACCUCACCUUGAAUGUGUCAACAGCGCAACAUUGUCCAGCUCAAGUAUCAGUGUUUCCUUGUCUGUUAUUGUCACGUGUCGAUGUGACAAAACAGUGCCGGCGGUUGAGAUGGAAAUGACUGAAUUACAAGCAGCACUUUUACAAAUAAGAAAACAAAAUGAAACAUGGUAUCAAAUUAGUAAAAGCCCAGAACCUCCCGCACAUGAAAAAUAGCGUUUAGAAAUGCCACAAAAUAUCUGAUGCAAUUUCACCCUGUUCAAGAUCUUUCUCUUGUGUUAUUGUAUGUGUUUGUUUUGUUUUGUUUUGUUUUGUUUUGCAAGAAUAAUGAGCUGAAACUGCCUUUUUAUGAGUCUAAAAUCCCUCCAGAACAUUAAGGGAUAUGUCAGUAUAUUUUGGAUACUUUGAGUACAAAACAAGAACAAAAAAAAAAACAGAAAUGAAAUAGUGUUGUAUUUUAUAUAUAAUAGAACAUUUCAAUAUAGUGACAUGUCACUAAUAUAUUUAUUUACUAAUAUAUUUAUCCAUUUUGUCCAGGUUUGAAAGAGUGGUCUCUCUAAAGACCAAAUGUUUCUAUAUGGAAACUGAUCAGUGCCAUCACAGAUGUAUCAACCUGUCUUCAUUCCAAUUAUAUGCAAAUAAAUUAUUUUGAAAUA